AUGUCUUUAAAAAACAAAGUUAUUUUAGUGUGGGUUAUUUAUUUGUCAUACAAAAUCAUUGUGACUGGUUGUGAAGUGGUUUUGGUCAAUAGAAAUGUUAGAGACAGCUUUCGUGUUGGGAAGGAUGGUUGUACGAAUGAUGAAAGUGUUUGUACAAGUUCAGCAACAUGUGAGUCCGAUGGCUUGUGUUUGUGUAGUGCUGGUAAACCUAAUUUUAGAAAUCCUGCAACAAGAGCUGGUGAUGAUAAAAAUUAUGGCUGUCUUGACAAUGAGAGUAUCCGCACUGGCCUGGUUGGUGAGUGCCUUGUAAUUCAUUUCAACUUAACAUCUGAAUGUGCCACCUGUGGUGACACCAACUAUAAUUGAAUUAUUAAGUUUCCAUUAUUAAAGAGUUCGCUGAAGAUUAUUAUAUACAUAAUGACAUAAAGUUUGCACUAGGCUUUAUAGUUGGCGUUUGUGACAAAUCUAUGUGACACGAUGAUUCACAAUAAUAUCUACAGACAAUACACGUGUUUAUUCUGAAAUACGCCAAUCUUGCCGUAAUUUCUACCUAGGUUAUAAAAACGUUUCCGCUGACGAUGUUUUGAGCGAUGUUCCUGCACAUUUGCUUAAUUUACAUAAAAAAUAAAACAAUCUCAAUUUGAAUACAAUCACAACACCAAUUCCAUGCCAUCCUAACAUGCACUAUACAAAUUCUGAUCCUUGUAGUGGUAUCCCGAAAGACACUUUUGCCGAAAGACACUUUUGCCGAAAGACACUUUGCCGAAAGACAUUUUGCCGAAAGACAUUUUGCCGAAAGACACUUUGCCGAAAGACACUUUGCCGAAAGACACUUUGCCGAAAGACAUUUUGCCGAAAGACACUUUGCCGAAAGACAUUUUGCCGAAAGACACUUUGUCUUUGCCGAAAGACACUUUGCCGAAAGACAUUUUGCCGAAAGACAUUUUGCCGAAAGACACUUUGCCGAACGGACAUUUUGCCGAAAGACACUUUGCCGAAAGACAUUUUGCCGAAAGACACUUUGCCGAAAGACAUUUUGCCGAAAGACACUUUGCCGAACGGACAUUUUGCCGACGGACGUUUUGCCGAACGGACGUUUUGCCGAACGGACAUUUUGCCGAACGGACUGUUUGACGAACGGACAGUUUACCGAAAGGAAAAUUUGCCGAAAAUAGAGAUGUUAUUUCGUCAAAAUUUUUGAGACUGUGACUCAUUUCUCAACUGUGUAAUUCUCAACCAUUGUGUAAAAUGACCAUUAUGUGGUCAUUAGCAAUGCAUAAUGGUCGUUAGCAGUGCAUAAUCACAUUGACUAUUGGUAGCUUUUUGUGCAGCGGAUGACUCGAUCAUCUGUUAGGAACGUGUUUUGACGAUAUAAAGACAACUACGUAGGUGAAUUUCACUUCGACAAUCAUGGAAUACAUUCACAGUUCUCGGGAAAAUUCCUAUAAAUUUGUCAAAAACUCGAAAGAAUAUAAAACGAAACUAUACUUCACUAUCAAAGUUUCUGUCAUCAAAAUCGACAAUGACUUUAAUCACAGAAACUUUGACCUUUAAGGUUCAGAAGAUAUCUCUAUUUUCGGCAAGCUUUCCGUUCGUCAAAACUGUCCGUUCGGCAAAAUGUCCAUUCGGCAAAAUGUAGUCCAUUCGGCAAAAUGUCCAUUCGGCAAAAUGUCCGUUCGGCAAAACGUCCGUUAGGCAAAACGUCCGUUAGGCAAAACGUCCGUCGGCAAAAUGUCCGUUCGGCAAAAUGUCUUUCGGCAAAGUGUCUUACGGCAAAAUGGCCGGCCACCCCUUGUAGUAGCAUGUCAUGCUCGUAUAGAGAUAGAUUUACGUGAAAGACAACUUGCAAAUCGUAUAGGUCUAACAUACUGCCAUAAUAAACGAAACGAAUGAGUGACUUGUCAAUUUUGCAAAAUUUCCUUACUUUGACCUACUCAAAAAGUGAAUCUUAUUUUAAAUUUUAUUUGAAUAUAGGAGGAUCCAAAAACUGCACAUUAGGCCCUUUUCAACUUGUAUCCUACAACCAGAACAAACUAUCCAAUAAAUUCAGUGGCUCUGACAAUCAAAGACAAAGGAUGGAGAGUUGUUACUUGUUGUAUCUCCCACAGGCAAAGUUUCCAAACAACACCAAAGAAAUAGAGCUGCAACAGUUUGAUAAAUCUGAUGUUGCUUUGAACGUCUUUAAUAACGAACUGUAUUUCAAAGUACGUAAAUGUAUUCAUUCAUAUUUCUCUUUAGCUAUGUGUAAAAUUAGUUUGUUUUUCCAUUUCUAGUGGAAAAGAUCAGUUCGAAAUUUGCAUGGAACGAUAAUCACAUUCAGUCUCAGUUGCGCGGUAAAGACCAAGAAUGCACAAAGAGCGACUCACCAAAUAACAUGCCUGCGAGCAAAGGUUCUUGGAACAUGGUCUGCAGGUAACUGUUAGAAAAAUAAAACUUCAAAACACAAUACUGAAGACUUUGCAUUAAAAUCCUUCCAACCCGCAUGCGUAAUGAAGUUAAAUAGUAUCGUAUAGUUUGAAUGGCGAGCUUAUAUAUUAAACAAGAAGUUUCGGUACAUAACUAAAAGUCUUUAAAGAAACAAGUUCCAACUGAAAGAACCAACUGAGCCGACAGUAACCUCCAACCAACUUGCGUAUAUCAAUCAUUCUAAAUUAUCAUACAUAUACAUAACUAUAUAAAAUGCUUCACCUUCGUCUAGAUGCUGUUUCUGAGUCAACGAAAGUCUCUGUAUCAACUAAGCCAACAAUAACCUCCACCAAACCUAGAUCUUCACAGAUAACAACAAAAUCAACUUCGUCUGUACCAAGUGAGCCAACAAAGAUCUCUACACCAACUGAGCCAAGAAUAACCUCCAGCCAAUCUAAAUCUUCACAGAUAACAACAAAAUCAACUUCAUCUGUACCAAGUGAGCUAACAAAGACCUCUGCACCAGCUGAGACCUCCGCACCAGCUGAGCCAACAAAGACCUCGACACUAGCUGAGCCAAGAGUAACCUCCACAAUGCAUAAAUCUUCACAGAUAACAACAAAACCAACUUCGUCUGCACAAACUGAGACAACAAAGACUUCUGUACCAACUGAGGCAACAGUAGCCUCCAGCAAACCUAAAUCUUCACAGAUAAUACCAAAAUCAACUUCGUUUGCAUCAACUGAGUCAACAAAAUCUAAAUCUUCACAGAUAGCAACAAAACCAACUUCGUCUGCACUAACUGGGCCACAAAAUGACACUAUACCAACAGACGCAAGAGUAACCUCCAUCCAUCCUAAAUCGUCACAGAUAAGAACAAAAUCAACUUCGUUUGUAGCAGUCACAACAGCAGAACCAAGUAUGUUUUAUAGGCAACUUCUUUGUUUCUUUUGUGUCUUCGUCUUUAUAUAUAUAUAAUUAGUGGGAAAUUCUUUAAAUGCUCCAUUUUAUCUAUAGACACCGACUCUACGCCAAUUGAGGUCUCUUCACCAACUGAGCCAACAGAGGUCUCUACACCAACUGAACCAAUAGAGGUCCUUACGCCAACUGAGGUCUCUUCACCAACUGAGCCAACUGAGGUCUCUACACCAACUGAACCAACAGAGGUCCUUACGCCAACUGAGGUCUCUUCACCAACUGAUCCGACAGAGAUUUCCACACUAACUCAACCAAAAGUAAUCUCUCUAUCAACUGAGCCAACACAAGUCUCUACACCAUCAGAGGCAACAGUAACCUCCGGCCAACCUAAAUCUUCACAGAUAAAAACAAAAUCAACUUCAUCUGUACCAGUGACAACAGCAGAACCAAGUAUGUUUUAUAAAUAAUUUCUUUGAAUUAAUGUCUUUAUUUUUACUCAUGCCCUUUUCUCUGCAGUAGACCAUGCUGUAGCUCGCCGCCAAAAGGGGUUAAGCGGUUAGGAAUUAAAUAAUAGAUAUCCAGCUCUCCAUGUACAUCUAAAACUGAAAAAUUCAUGGUAAAUUGUUCUUCCUAGGAACAAAUCCCACCGGCUCAACACCUGUUAUAACUAAAGCGUCUCCAACUGGAACCAUGUCGCCUACCAUUUCAACUCGUUCCAGUGAAGUAUCGAGCAGUGAUGGUGAAUCCAGUGGAAUAGCUAUUGCUAUAGCUGUUGUGGUAGCCAUAAUACUGUUGAUAGUGUUGGUUGUCAUUAUCUGGUGCUUGUGUAAACACAAGAAAAGAUAUAGGUAAGCUUUUUAAAGACAUCGAUGAAUUAAGUUUCGUGUCUAUUUGGGUUUAGUAUCAUGUAAUGUGUCAAGGCCUUUUUUAAGAAUUUGUCAGUGGGGGGCAUUUACAAAAAGGGACCAUUCUAUACUGAGUAUAGAGAGAUGACAGAUGGUUGUUGGUAACAAAAAGUUUCGUGUGGUGUCGCAUGUAAUAGUAAUAGUAGGUGGGUCUGGGGCCAUUUCCCCUAGAAAAUAGUUGUAUUUUCCCACUUCCAGGACUGCAUUUUGUGCGUUUUCUCAAACAGAUUUUUGGAUAUACAGCGUUACACUAUUCCGUAGACAGACCGAACCUUCAGUUAAGUACUUCCGUCGUAUGUUCAUGUAAAUACCGCAACUCGGUCAUUAAUUUGUUUUGCCUAGCCUUCCAACAACUCAGAUCUAUAGGGUCUGGGAUAUGCUACCCACUGGGAAGGUAUCUACAACACAAUGUAUAGCAUUUUUAAAAGACAUUGAAUCAUCUGAAGAUAAAAGACAGGAUAUGAGAUUCACAAAGCAAGGUUCAGUUACUAGAAUAUCAAACCUCUCUUCUAAAUUCCAUUUUUCUUCCAAUGUUUUGCUCAUAUUUUAGAGAAAAGGGACCUUGACUAGAGGGGGGAUGAUUGACUGUGGGGAGGCACCAUGGGGGAGGGAGGGCUUUGGCCCAAUUAUAGAGUGAAAAAAGGCCCUGCAAUGUGUGACAUAUAUAAUAUCGACAAAAUUGAAUCAGUAUCUCUCAUUAAAUUUGAAGUAAUUGCAGUUUUGAUGUUUUCCUCAACUAAUGGACCAAUAAAAAGCUUCGCAUAGUUUUUCAUGAGAAUGACGUCACCAGAAAAUGUCACACCUCAUGUACUUUGAUAUUUUUACAACAGCCUAAGAAGGAAUUCACGUCGCAGACGUUCCUGCAAAGAGGACGGUAUGUAUAAUUAUGUAUACUAUUAUUUCUAUUAACCAUUUAAUCACUUUAAGAUUGUUCACAUUGCAGAACAUGUACUACCUUUGUAACAUCUAACCACGCUUAACUCAGCAGUGGGUUCUGUACAACAUCAGAUCACUUUAAUAAUGGAAUAGCAUACAUUCAAGAGCAUAUACUACUUCUGCAUGAUCUAAUACUGUUUGACUCAGCAGUGAGUUACGUACAAUAUCAGGUCACGGUGCGUGUUAUUUUCUCAAUUCAGGUUCCAUGAGGAUGAAGCUGUUCAGUUACACAGAGAGUAAUCUGCACGGCCCAGACGAUCAUGCUUAUGCAAUGCCAAAUGUUGUACAAGCAAAUGACCCUGGUUAUGAAACGCCAGAUAGCCAGAGUGUGGUUGUAGAAGCUAACCCUGCUUAUGAAACGCCAGAUAGCCAGAGUGUCGUUGUAGAAGCUAACCCUGCUUAUGAAACGCCAGAUAGCCAGAGUGUGGUUGUAGAAGCUAACCCUGCUUAUGAAACGCCAGAUAGCCAGAGUGUGACUGUAGAAGCCUACCCUGCUUAUGAAACGCCAGAUAGCCAGAGUGUCGUUGUACAAGCUAACCCUGCCUAUGAAACGCCAGAUAGCCAGAGUGUGGUUGUAGAAGUUAACCCUGCUUAUGAAACGCCAGAUAGCCAGAGUGUGGUUGUAGAAGCUAACCCUGCUAAUGAAACGCCAGAUAGCCAGAGUGUGAUUGUAGAAGCAAACCCUGCUUAUGAAACGUCAGAUAGCCAGAGUGUGACUGUAGAAGCCUACCCUGCUUAUGAAACGCCAGAUAGCCAGAGUGUCGUUGUACAAGCUAACCCUGCCUAUGAAACGCCAGAUAGCCAGAGUGUGGUUGUAGAAGUUAACCCUGCUUAUGAAACGCCAGAUAGCCAGAGUGUGGUUGUAGAAGCUAACCCUGCUAAUGAAACGCCAGAUAGCCAGAGUGUGAUUGUAGAAGCAAACCCUGCUUAUGAAACGCCCGAUAGCCAGAGUGUGAUUGUAGAAGCUAACCCUGCUUAUGAAACGCCAGAUAGCCAGAGUGUGAUUGUAGAAGCUAACUCUGCUUAUAAAACACCAGAUAGCCAGAGUGUGGUUGUAGAAGCUAACCCUGCUUAUGAAACGCCAGAUAGCCAGAGUGUGAUUGUUGAAGCUAACCCUGCUUAUGAAACACCAGAUAGCCAGAGUGUGAUU